AUGGGCAACGCCGAAGAGAUGCACCAAGCGCAAAUCAAUCGCUCCAUCCGCACCAUCAAGGCUGAGCUCGAAUACCUCUGCGAUGCCUCAGUCAUCACCCCACAAGCCCUCAACCAGCUUCUGCAGCACAUUCCCCAGCAGACAGCCCUCCAUGCGCCGCUCUCAGUCGGCGCACUCCCCAGCGCAGGACAGAGCGCAAUCCCCGUAGCGCCAACCGCACAACCUCAGCCGCAAUCGCAACCUCCCACAUCGCCUAUGAACAACCUAAACCUCCACAAUAACCCACCGCCGCAACAGAACGGCCACCUGAACGAGAAGAACAGCGGCUACUUCGCCCCAGAGAACCCUCCCCCAGCCUACAACGCCCCACCGCCAGCCGCAAACUGGCCACCACUCUGCCAGGCCACAGCCCUCUACGCAUACACUUCUACCGAUGCCGGCGACCUUGAGCUUCACCCGCACGACCACGUGACUGUCACGGAGUAUAUGAACGCCGAAUGGUGGAAGGGCAAGUCGUCCAGGACUGGACAGGAGGGCAUCUUCCCCCGUAGCUACGUCAAGGUCACAGAAGAGAAGGGCGCUGCUCCAAUGGCACAGGCGAAUGGCAACAACUAUGGAAACAUGCCACUUGAGACGAGCGGGAUGGGUAAUGGAGAUGGUAAGGUCCCUGGAAAGGGACAGGAGAUGGGCAAGAAGUUUGGAAAGAAGCUGGGCAAUGCCGCGAUCUUUGGUGCUGGAGCGACGAUUGGUGGAAACAUUGUAAACUCCAUCUUCUAA